GACGGGGCGGGAUGUAGGGCGCUGAGCGCGGAGGCCGCCGGCGCGGCUAGGGGAGCGCGGAGGGCGCGCCGAGGAUGGAGAGAGCGAUGGAGCAACUCAACCGCCUGACGCGCUCGCUGCGCCGCGCUCGCACCGUGGAACUGCCGGAUGAUAAUGAAACUGCUGUUUAUACAUUAAUGCCAAUGGUUAUGGCUGAUCAACAUCGGUCUGUUUCUGAGCUACUAUCAAAUUCUAAGUUUGAUGUUAAUUAUGCGUUUGGACGUGUGAAAAGAAGCUUGCUUCACAUUGCAGCAAAUUGUGGAUCGGUGGAAUGCUUGGUUCUGCUAUUAAAGAAAGGAGCAAACCCUAACUAUCAAGAUAUUUCAGGCUGUACACCCCUUCAUUUGGCAGCUAGAAAUGGGCAGAAGAAGUGCAUGAGUAAAUUAUUAGAAUACAGUGCUGAUGUCAACAUUUGUAAUAAUGAAGGCCUUACAGCAAUACACUGGCUGGCUGUGAAUGGGAGGACAGAACUACUCCAUGACCUUGUACAGCACGUCAGUGACGUCGAUGUUGAAGACGCGAUGGGGCAGACAGCGCUGCAUGUGGCCUGCCAGAAUGGUCACAAGACGGUAAAUUCUACUACAGUGCAAUGCUUGUUGGACAGUGGUGCUGAUAUUAACAGGCCAAAUGUAUCAGGAGCCACUCCAUUGUACUUUGCUUGCAGUCAUGGUCAGAGAGACACAGCACAGAUUCUUUUAUUACGAGGAGCCAAAUAUCUGCCAGACAAAAAUGGAGUAACCCCUCUGGAUUUAUGUGUACAGGGUGGAUAUGGAGAGACCUGUGAAGUAUUAAUUCAGUAUCACCCUAGGCUUUUCCAGACUAUUAUUCAAAUGACACAGAAUGAAGAUCUCCGAGAAAACAUGUUACGGCAAGUCUUAGAACAUUUGUCUCAGCAAAGUGAAAGCCAGUACCUAAAGAUUUUAACAAGCCUUGCUGAAGUAGCCACAACAAAUGGUCAUAAACUGCUUAGCCUGUCUAGUAAUUAUGAUGCUCAAAUGAAGAGUCUUUUAAGGAUUGUGAGGAUAUUUUGUCAUGUCUUUCGAAUUGGUCCAUCCUCUCCCAGUAAUGGAAUCGAUAUGGGCUACAACGGGAAUAAAACUCCAAGAAGCCAGGUGUUCAAGGUCAGAAAAGUAUAUGACGUUGUUAGGAAGAUAGACGUAAAAGAGAUGAAUUUGACAAAGCAUGCAUUCAUUAAUCAGAAACCUCAUACACAGAACCCUCUCGAAUUGCUUUGGCACUCAUUAGAUGAAUGGCUAGUUUUAAUAGCUACAGAACUGAUGAAAAACAAAAAGGACUCAACGGAUAUCACUUCUAUUUUACUAAAACAAAAAGGCCAAGAUCAAGAUGGUACUUCCAUUCCUCCAUUUGAACCUCCAGGACCUGGGAGCUAUGAAAAUCUAUCCACUGGCACCAGGGAAUCUAAACCAGAUGCUCUAGGAGGGAAACAGGAAGCCAGUGCAGACUGUCAGGAUGUUAUUUCUAUGACAGCUAACCGGCUAAGUGCUGUCAUUCAAGCUUUUUACAUGUGCUGUUCUUGUCAGAUGCCUCCAGGAAUGACUUCACCUCGUUUCAUUGAAUUUGUCUGCAAACACGAUGAAGUCUUAAAAUGCUUUGUUAACAGAAAUCCCAAAAUUAUAUUUGACCACUUUCACUUCCUCCUUGAAUGUCCUGAGUUGAUGUCAAGAUUCAUGCAUAUCAUAAAAGCACAGCCGUUUAAAGAUCGCUGUGAAUGGUUCUAUGAACAUUUGCAUUCAGGACAACCAGAUUCAGACAUGGUACACAGGCCGGUGAAUGAAAAUGAUAUCCUGCUCGUUCACAGAGAUUCUAUUUUUAGGAGUAGCUGUGAAGUUGUGUCAAAAGCAAAUUGUGCAAAGCUAAAGCAAGGAAUUGCUGUACGGUUCCAUGGAGAAGAAGGCAUGGGUCAAGGUGUUGUGCGUGAGUGGUUUGAUAUUCUGUCUAAUGAGAUAGUCAAUCCAGAUUAUGCACUGUUUACCCAGUCAGCUGAUGGGACAACUUUUCAGCCUAAUAGCAACUCCUAUGUAAAUCCUGAUCACUUGAACUAUUUCCGGUUUGCUGGACAGAUCUUGGGAUUAGCUUUGAACCAUAGGCAGCUGGUCAACAUUUAUUUCACAAGAUCAUUCUACAAGCACAUUCUUGGUAUUCCUGUAAAUUACCAAGAUGUGGCAUCUAUUGAUCCAGAAUAUGCCAAAAAUUUGCAGUGGAUUUUAGAUAAUGAUAUUAGUGAUCUGGGUCUAGAACUAACUUUUUCUGUUGAGACUGAUGUGUUUGGAGCAAUGGAAGAGGUGCCUUUGAAACCUGGGGGUGGAAGUAUUCUUGUGACACAAAAUAACAAAGCGGAGUAUGUCCAGCUUGUUACUGAACUUCGAAUGACACGAGCUAUUCAGCCUCAGAUCAAUGCUUUUUUACAGGGCUUUCAUAUGUUCAUUCCACCUUCUCUAAUACAACUUUUUGAUGAAUAUGAAUUGGAGCUACUGCUUUCUGGCAUGCCAGAAAUUGAUGUGAGUGAUUGGAUAAAAAAUACAGAAUACACAAGUGGCUACGAAAGAGAAGAUCCCGUUAUUCAGUGGUUCUGGGAAGUUGUGGAAAAUAUUACUCCAGAGGAGAGAGUUCUUCUCCUGCAGUUUGUUACUGGCAGUUCCAGGGUCCCACACGGUGGAUUUGCUAAUAUCAUGGGUGGAAGUGGAUUGCAAAACUUUACAAUUGCUGCUGUGCCAUAUACUCCAAAUCUUCUACCUACUUCAAGCACAUGCAUCAACAUGCUCAAGUUACCUGAAUACCCAAGUAAAGAAAUACUCAAGGACAGACUUCUUGUGGCACUACAUUGUGGCAGCUAUGGUUACACAAUGGCAUAACAAAGUCUGGAAAAUUCAUCUGACUACAGAUGUACAAUUCAGAAUGGCAGAAGUAAUUUAGGAAACUGUCAACAGAAAAGCAUUCCUCAAUGCAGCCUAUAGGCAGGAUUGAUGUUUAAAAUUCAUGAAGGAUCAGGUUUUCUCCCCCCACCCCAGGCCUGCCUUUUUUCCCUUUUAUAUCUUCUCAAUUUGUGAUACAAUUAGAAAAAUAUAAAAUCACAGUAAUCUUCAUUUAAAAAAAUGCUAAUUGAAAGUAGUAGAAACUGCCCUUUAUUGAUGUUUCUUUAACCUUAUACAAGAUUGUGUUAAGGCAAAAUCUUCUACAUUCCACCUCUGCUGUGUAACUGUCUUGUUUAAAAGGAUGUUUUCUCUUUAUUUUCCUAUAUAUUAAAAUACAUUAGAACAUCCAGCCUGGUAUGUUCUGUUGCAUGUAAAGUGCCAUUUAUAUUUUGGAAAACUAUCGUAUAGACUGGAUUAAUUGAGAUUGUAUAUAAAGCCACAAAUAUGUAUUUUCCCAUAUUGAAUCUAUAUUGCAAUGAUGUUUUUUAGCUUUUUAAUAUUUUAAUAUAUAUUGUAUAGUUUAGACGAUGUGACUAAUCUGAUGAAAUGACAUUUAGUUUAUGUAUUAAAGCUUACACUGUAUUGUAUGAAUUAUUUACAUCAUUCAGUGGUCAGUUUUCCAUAUAUAUUGUGGUCAAAGUUUUUCUUAUGCCUUAUUUUAAUUUAUAUUUUAGGUAAAAUUAAAAUAUAAUAUUUUACUAUAUCUCUCAAAUAACUUGUUUUAUCUGUGACUUCUGAAGACACAAUUUAAAGAAGUAAUCUGAUAUGCAGAUUACAAUUUAAAUAUGUAAUUUUUCUUAAAUUCGCUUUUUACGACUAAAAUGUUGAGUUCCAGUGAAAUAUGCCUAAUGCAUAAUGUUGGUUUUUAAAUUUUAGGGUGUCCAAUCAAUUUUUAUUUUGAAAAGACACACUUGAGUAGUUACAGCAUAUCUUUUAAGGGGAAGUAGGAACAUACACAUAUUUAGAAAUGCUAAUGAAGAAAUUUGUAAUGUUUAGGACUUUGCAUCCAGAAACUAAAAGCAGACUAUCCAGUGGCAUAUCCGUGGCUAUGCAUAUCCAUGCAUAUUUUCUCAUAUGAUCCGCUGGUAUAUUUGUCAUUGACAAAUGUAGACAAUGUAUAUGUCCAUAUAGACAAAUAUGUAUUGUGUAUAUACGUAUAUAGACAUAUACAUUGAAAGCUUUGCUAAGUUAUAAAGCUUCUUUAAUACGUUUUUUAGUUCUCAUUUGUUAUAUGUUUUAGAUAUUAAAACAUCUCUCAAUGGAUUACAUUAAAAACUAGGAAUUCCUUAAAAAUUACUGUUAGCUCUAAAAUUAAGAUUUAUAUGCUUUAUAAUACAUGAAGGUAAUAAUUUUUUAAAGUUUGGUUUUUAAAACUUAAUUGUAGAAGAGAGCGUGGCCUUAUGUAUUUUCAGAUAAGUAACUGACUUCUUUAAUAUUACAUUUAAUUUUAAUGUUUAUAAACAUUAAUUUCUGUUUAUAAUUACACAGUACAUUGGUUUUGUCAGAUUGGUCCCUUUGCAAGUAUUUAUGUAGAUGAAAUAAUAAAACAUUAAAAAUAUCAUGGUAUUUUAUCCAUGAAUUUAAAUAGA